GAUCUGAAGAUGAUGACCUCAGAGCGUGCAUCAUCUUGGGAGUAAGACCUCCAUUUACUUUACAAGAAACCUGUAUCUCGUUUCACUGUAAGCUGACCCACUUGACGAUGACGAUGACGAUAGAGAGGCGUAAGUUGAUAGAUUUCGGAUGAAUCUGCAGUACAAAUUAGCACCCUAGGGUGUGAUCUACGCUCAAUUGCAGUUUUGUGUUUUUCUACCAACUCAACAUCUUUCAGCAACGACCAUGGUGAUGGCGAAGAUGACUGGAUUGCUUGGUUUUCUCGUGGCCUUGGUGAUGGUGGUGAGCUCUGGCGCCCAAGCAGCGCGUUGCUCACCCCAGUUCCCUUUGAGCUGCGCAUCAUAUGUUCUUGACGGUCGGGCGGUACCUUUGAAAACUUGCUGCAUUGAGCUCCAGGACAACUUCAAGAUACUCGACCCCAAAGCAAGCUUGAAGCCGUAUUGCGAUGCCAUCGUAGGAGUGAAGCUUUUCAAUGGACCCUUAGCUGGAAAUGAGCUGAACUUGGCUCUCAACCUCCCCAACAAAUGUGUCCUAAGUGGCCAAUACAAGAAGGGCCAAACAUGUGCUGGCAAACCUUUUCCAGGAGGCAGCUAGACUUAUCCAGCGAGAGCUCAAUCUGCAAAGCCUGCUGCUCUCUUUGCAUUUACAACCAUCUGGCAGAGAGCAGUGGCUUGCGGCGAAGGAUAUCUGCUGCUGAAAUGAUUGCAAUGCCAUACUUGCAUAGGUUCGAGAGUAACGUAGCUGGAUAACCAAAGGUCUCGAACGGGAAAUGGCGAUAUAAAGUUUUGGUGACUUUUUAUCGUUUUUGUUGAAUCUA